CUCCCCUACUCGGCACACGCUUCGAAGCCUCGAUACGGAACGUGACAUCACUAGCUGUAUCAGGGCGAGGAGGUGAAGGUGUCGUAUUGAGCUACCCAGUUUGUCCGUUGUCACUAUGGCGCGUGUUGAAACAUCCUCCAGCAGGCCGUAUCACCUGGUUAUCUUCGGAGCCUCUGGGUUCACCGGACAGUUUGUGGUGGAGGAGGUGGCCAGGACCGUGUCCGAGGGUCCAAAUGGGAACCUGAAGUGGGCCAUAGCGGGCAGGAGCAAGCAGAAGCUGGAAAGAGUUCUGGAGCAGGCCGCCGGAGUCCUCGGUAAACCAGAGCUAAGGACAGAGGUGGACAUCAUCGUGGCAGAUGUAGAAGAGCCAGACUCCCUGGCAGCCAUGUGCAAACAGACUGUGAUUGUUCUCAACUGUGUGGGGCCUCACAGCUUCUAUGGUGAGCCAGUGAUAAAAGCCUGUGUGGAGAACAAAACCCAUCAAAUUGACAUAAGUGGAGACCCACUGUUUCUGGAGGGCAUGCAGUUGAACUACAGCAGCCAGGCAGCUGACAAAGGUGUGUACAUUAUCGGAAGCUGUGGAUUUGACUCCAUACCUGCGGACAUGGGAGUCCUUUAUACCAGGGACCAGUUCAAGGGUACACUGACUGCAUUGGAGAGCUUCUUAACUUUCAGCUCAGGACCUGAUGGUUUGUGUUACCAUGAUACCACAUGGCUAUCGGGCAUCAAGAGUUUCGCUGACAGCCAGAAGCUCCAGAGUAUCAGGAGGAAGUUUAAUCACAAGCCUCUCCCUGCUGUUGGCUCGAAGCUCAAACGCAGAGGCACACUGUUCUACAGUAGUGAGAUCCAGCAGUAUACAAUACCCGUCAUAGGCUGUGAUCACUCUGUUGUAAAGAGAACUCAGCGCUUCCUGGUGGAGGAAUAUGAGGCCACACCGGUCCAGUAUGGGGCGUAUGCAGGAAUAGGAGGCAUUGGCAACAUUAUCAAGUUGUUGUUUACUGGCAUGAUGUUCUGGUUCUUAGUCAAGUUUAGUUUUGGACGCAACUUACUCAUCAAGCACCCAGCGUUCUUCUCCUUUGGAUUAUUCUCCAAGGAUGGACCGACUAGAAAGCAGAUGGACACAUCAUCCUUCCAGUUUGCUUUCUAUGGAGAGGGCUACACAGAGGGGGAGGACCCCUCCCAGGGAAAACGUAAUGGAAAGAUCCGCACGCUGAUUCAGGGACCAGAGUGCGCCUAUGUGGCCACACCCAUUGCCAUGGUACAGGCUGCUCUAACAGUCCUCAAUGAAGCUGCAGCCUUGCCCAAGAAAGGAGGGGUAUAUACUCCAGGAGGUGCUUUUGCAAAAACCACACUGGUUGACCGCCUCAACAAACAUGGCAUCCAGUUCUCUGUCAUCUAAAGUUUGUCCCCUCCGUGAUCCCGUACCCCAGGUUUUUCUGAGCACAUACUUGUAUGUAUAAAAACAUCUUGGGAAGUUGCCAAAUUUAGAAGAGAGCUAUGUAAUCACAAGAGCAUUGGCGAAGGAUGGAGUGCACUUCCAGGUUUAGUUCUAACACCAUUUCUGAUGGUACAUUCAUCCUUUUGAUUUGUUCAGAAACUUAGCCGUCUCCUUUUGGGUUGAAUGUACUAUUAACCCUCUGCUUGUAAAUCAAAUAGCACAGCCAACAGUGUUUCCUAGCCAAGGACAGUAAAACAGUUGUGUGGAAAUGAGUUCGUGUUCUUCCACUAACAUGAUUAGAGAAUUUGGCCAGCAUUUGGUUCACUCCCUGUUUCUGAACACAUUUAAUUUAUGCAUGUACCUAACUGGAAAGAACAUACUAUCAGACUAAAAACUAGCUAAUGACUUUUUGUAGAAACAAAUCAUCUAACCCUGUAUUAAUUAAAUUAAUGGAUAAAUAGUUAAACAUGGACUAUUGCAACUGUGCAAGAAAAAUAAACUAUAGUGUUUAUAGAUGUUGUCUUUGUAAUGAAUGGAAGCCUUAUAUGACCAAGGACCCUACUUGUUCAGUAGCACUGAUGUGGUAGUUAUACAUGUGUUCUUAUUCAGUGGAGUGAAGCUGUCAGUAGAGAUAGGAACAUGCUGUGUGUGCACGCGCACCCAUGUGCUUGACUUUCCUGGCCUGGCCACUACAAUCUUGAUUGCUUGGGUUUUUUAAAUUAGCUAGUUGGUCUGUCAUUAAGUCAUCCUGCUGACUGUUUGCUUUUGUUAGGGUGAUUUUCAUU